UGUGUAGCGGAAGUCAGCAGUAUCGCCGAGGCCUCAUCCUUCCAAUGGCGACUGCAAACAGGCCGAAUAGCAAGCGGGAGCAACCGUGGAGGGGGGUCAGAGCGGUGUAACGGACAUUAAAUAAAUAUAUAUAAUAUUGUAUUUGUUAUAUCAUUGCGAUCCACCUCUCCAUAACUACGUCCGAUUCAAUGGCCAAAAAUCGGAACAUUACGCUCCUUGAGUCGGAGCUCUACUACUUGAUAUCUCGUUUUCUGACAACGGGUCCCUGUCGGAGAGCUGCGGAGGUCCUGGUGAGCGAACUAGAGGACUAUCAGCUCUUACCCGGGAGACUGGACUGGCUUGGAAACGAGCACCCGAGAACAUAUGAAGACGUGGUUGCAGCAAACAAACACAUUGCACCAGAUCAUUUGCUUCAAAUAUGUAAAAAGAUUGGACCGCUUCUUGACAAAGAUGUGCCAUCUUGUGUGCCCGGUGUGCACUCGCUCCUGGGGUCUGGAAAGGAGUCGAUGCUUCGGACCCCAAAAGACUGUGAUGGCAUGCGGUUUCAAGCUUCGUCAUAUGCAGCCCUUCACAGGGGAAGACCACCAGAGAGGCCUUUGAACUGCAAGAAACCUCCACAUAUAGUCAACGUCUAUCGAGGAAGAGAGCUGACCGGAGCGCAGAGCUUCAGCUCCAUCAACCCCAUCAGCAAUUACGAGCGCAUGCGUCUGCAUCGGCGGAUCCUGGGUCAUCUGUCUGCAGUGUACUGUAUUGCGUUCGACCGCACUGGUCUGAGGAUCUUCACCGGUUCUGAUGACUGCUUGGUGAAGAUUUGGUCUUCGUUUGACGGGAAGCUCCAUUCGACGCUGCGAGGACACUCUGCCGAGAUCACAGACUUGGCGGUCAGUUACGAAAACACGCUAAUUGCCGCGGGAAGCUGCGACAAAACCAUCCGUGUGUGGUGCCUUCGUACCUGUGCACCUGUGGCUGUGCUGCAGGGGCACAGCGGAUCAAUUACCUCCCUACAGUUUGCACCGUUUGCCAAGGGCUCAAAGCGCUACAUGCUUUCCACUGGUACUGAUGCUACAGUCUGCUUCUGGCAGUGGGACGUCAACCACAUCAACUUUAGUGAUCGUCCACACAAGUUUACGGAGCGUCCAAGGCCAGGAGUUCAGACCGUGUGUUCCUCGUUCAGUCCAGGUGGAAUGUUCUUAGCAACAGGAAGCACUGAUGAUGUCAUCAGAAUAUACUACUUGGGGAGCGGAAGCCCAGAAAAGAUAUCCGAGCUCCAUGAGCACACAGACAAAGUUGACAGCAUCCAGUUUUGUCACUCAGGGGAAAGGUUUGUGAGCGGAAGUCGAGAUGGCACGGCCAGGAUCUGGAAGCUCUACCAGCGGCAGCAGUGGCGGUGCAUCUUGCUCAACAUGUCUGCCACUCUUCCUGGUGCUGAGCCUAUGAGUGAAGAGGAAAGCUACUUAAAGGCCAAAGUCACCAUGGUAGCAUGGGAUCGCCAUGACAACACGGUCAUCACAGCUGUCAAUAACCAUCUCCUCAAAGUGUGGAACUCCUACACGGGACAGCUGCUACAUAUCCUAAAAGGCCACGAGGCCGAAGUGUUUGUACUUGAGCCGCACCCUUUCGACCCCAGGAUCAUCCUGUCGGCCGGCCAUGACGGAAAUGUCUUCAUAUGGGACCUGCUGCGAGGAACGAGAACGCAGCACUACUUCAACAUGAUUGAGGGGCAAGGUCAUGGGGCAGUUUUUGACUGCAAAUUCACCCCCGACGGUCAGCGUUUUGCCUGCACAGACUCCCAUGGACAUCUGCUCAUCUUUGGCUUUGGUAGUUCAAAACCGUAUGAGAAGCUUCCAGACCAGGUUUUCUUCCACACAGACUACAGACCACUUAUUCGGGAUGCCAACGGCUAUGUGCUGGACGAACAGACGCAGCAGGCCCCCCAUCUGAUGCCCCCACCUUUUCUAGUGGACGUGGAUGGAAACCCCCAUCCGCCAAGGUACCAGCGUCUUGUUCCAGGGCGGGAGAACAUUGCAGCCGAGCACCUGGUUCCUCAGCUGGGAUACGUUGCCACCAGUGACGGCGAGGUGGUUGAGCAGGUUAUCAGUCAGCAGACCGCAGAGUUGGAGGAGAUUUCAGUAAGACGUAGCAGCCUUCUGGACGAGGCCAUCCGACAACUUCAGCAGCGGCAGGACCGGCAGAACCAAGCUGGCUCUGAGGGGGGUGCUGCUGCUGUUCAAGCUGAGACACCGGGGGCAGCUCCACCACCAGCGCCAAGUACGCCCCGUAGAGUGUCUGUCAAUGACCGGGCAGAGGUGCAGUCCCCUCCCAAUGUAGGUCUGCGGCGGAGCGGGCAGGUGGAAGGUGUCAGGCAGAUGCACCAGAAUGCACCUCGCAGUCAGAUGGCCACAGAGAGAGACCUGCAAGCCUGGAGACGGCGGGUGGUGGUGCCUGAGCUUGCUCCCAGCAGCUACAGAGACCAGGUGAACAUCAGGGUUGCCAAAGGAGACGAGGAGGUGGCGUUAUACAACACAAAGAAGAGGCGAAUCAUGUACAGCUGUCGAGAUGAUUCUGACGACGACCCACCCCCUGGGAAGCGAGCGCACGGCCGUGGUGACGCAGCGCUGGAGUUCAUCGAGCUGUCGUGCGAAGAGGGAGAGGACACUGCAAGCUCCGACGCACACACAGAGGAUAAUGACUUGGACGGCAGCGAACUGGAAUCCUCCAAUGACGAGGAGUGGAACAGUGACAGCCCGAGCCACUCAUCCAGCGAAUACUCAGACUGGACAGCAGAUGCCGGGAUCAACCUUCAACCCUCAACUCUCUUGUCGUCACGGAAACGAGUACAACGCCAGCUCAGCAGUUCGGACGAGGAGGAGGAAGACAACGAGGAGGAAGAAGAGAAGCAGCACCAGCAGCAGAGUGACGAGGAGGACAAAACAGGGAUGAAAGACAAAGGGAAAUCCAAGAAAUCAAAGAACAAGUCUCCCAGAAGGCCCAAAGUCCGACCGUCAAUCAACAGAGAAGUGUCCAACGAGUUUAGGCCCUCGCUCUGGAUCACUGAUGUCAUUCCCAGGAAGUCUCCUUUUGUUCCUCAAAUGGGCGAUGAGGUCAUCUACUUCCGACAGGGCCACGAGGCGUAUGUUGAGGCUGUGAGACGAACAGAACUGUAUCCCAUCAACUUGGACAAGCAGCCGUGGAAGAAAAUGGAGUUGCGGGACCAAGAGUUUGUGAAGAUUACUGGGAUCAAGUAUGAAGUCUGCCCUCCGACACUGUGCUGUUUGAAGCUGACUCUCAUCGACCACGGCUCUGGCAAAAUCACAGACAAGUCCUUCUCUGUCAAAUAUCACGACAUGCCGGAUGUAAUAGAUUUCCUGGUGCUGAGGCAGAGCUAUGACGAGGCACUACGGAGGAACUGGCAACCAAACGAUCGGUUCCGCUCAGUGAUAGACGAUGCCUGGUGGUUUGGCACCAUCGUUUGUCAGGAGCCGUACCAGCCGGAAUACCCCGACAGCCUCUUCCAGUGCUUCAAAGUCAGAUGGGAUAAUGGUGAGAAUGAGAAGUUGAGUCCUUGGGAUGUGGAACCUAUUCCAGAGGAUGCUGAGCUACCGGAGACAGAAGGAGGCAGCAUCCCUGUGACGCCAGAGGAGAUGAGCGAGCUGAUGUACAAGCCUCUGCAGGGGGAGUGGGGAGUGAGGAGUAGGGACCGAGAGUGCGAGCGAAUCAUCGGCGGAAUCAGCCAGCUCAUCACUGUUGAGAUUUGUGCCCCCUUCUCUGGUCCUGUAGACCUGAUCCAAUAUCCCACCUACUGCACUGUGAUUGCUUACCCCACUGAUCUGGACACCAUUCGCUUGCGACUCAUGAACAAAUUCUACAGGCGGCUCUCAGCAUUAAUCUGGGACGCCAGGUACAUUGCACACAACGCCCGCACUUUCAACGAACCAAGGAGCAAGAUUGCCCACUCUGCAAAAAUCAUCUCCAAUGUCCUCCAGAAAUUUGUCAACAAUUCAAGCUGCACAGACAUCAUGGAGAUUUACAGUCUUGUUGAAGAAAUGGAUGAGGAUGAGGAGGAAGCAGAUGCAGAAGCGCCAGGACCCUCCUCAGGCCACAGGCUGCGUCAGCGCUCUGUGGAGGUUCUGCCUGACAGAGAUGCCUGGAAGGAGCAGUGCAAAAAUCUGCUCAACUACAUAUUUGAGUGUGAAGACUCUGAGCCCUUCAGACUGCCGGUAGAUCCUCAGAACUACCCUGACUACCAUGACAUCAUUGAUACACCAAUGGACUUUGGCACCGUGAAAAGGACCUUGGAGGAAGAACGCUACGAAAAUCCAGUAGAGCUUUGCAAAGACACACGGCUAAUAUUUGCAAACGCGAAAGCUUACACGCCCAAUAAACGCUCCAAGAUUUACAGCAUGACCUUGCGGCUCUCUGCCUUCUUUGAGGAGCAAAUCCGAACAAUCAUAUCCGAUUACAAAACAGCCGUGAAGAGCAGCGCCAGGCUGCGCCGCAGCCAGAGGUUCAAAAAGAAGAUGCAGCAGCAGGAUCCAUCGGGUGGUGCCACAAGUCACAAGAGGGACUCUGUCAAAACUCAGGAAAAAGUUGAGUCUGUCUCAGUGACCAAAUCUACCUCAACCAAAGCGCCGCUUCCUGAGCGGGCCAGGAGGUCUCGGAGGAGCAGUGCCAGCCAUAGCUCCUCAGAAGACAACUCUGCAUCGAAAGAGUCGGAGAGUGAGAGUGAAGACAGCGAGUUGUCAGAGGAAACGUGUCCAGGUUCCUCCAGACACCAUCAAGGCAAACAGAAAGCCAGAGUUACAAGAGGCAGCUCCUCCAAGCAGCGGAAAAAAGUGGCUUUGAGUGACAGUGAAGAGGAGGUUGGGGAAGAAGAUGACAGUGAGGGUGAUGGGGGAGAAGACGGUGAAGCGUCCUCCCAUUCUUCAGGUCGUCGCUAUCCCAGCAGAAUGCUAAAGAGCAGGAGCACACGACUGACUAGAAACGCUGCCGCUGCGGGUAGAAAAAAGAGCGAGGGCAGAACGGAGAUGAACGGUCACGCCAGCCGGUCCUGUCGCAGGGAGAGACACCCCCUCCGGGAGUCCGACAGAAGCUCAUCAUGGGGCUCCGAUAGGGAAGAACUAACCAUUCGCAGGUCGCUGAAGAGGAAAACGGCGAGGGCAGCUGUCAACAGGAUAAAACUCAUUGAAGCUUCAGAUUAUGAAGAUGAGGAGGAGGAGGAGGCGGAGCCCAGACGGAGCAGCAGUCGCCUUCGCAACGCGCCCCGGCCUAGCAAACGCCCCCCGGUGCUUCAGAGCAGCUCUGAUUCAGACGUAGAGCAACUGAAAAAGGCUUCUGCGAAUCGCGAGGAAUGGAGUGAAGAAUCCCAGGAUGAGGAGAAUGGCAAUGACGGCAGCUCCUCAGACUCCUCCCACUGUCAGCUGAACGGACACGCAAGAACGUCAAGCAACACCAAGGGAAAUGGAACUUUGACAUGUAUGAACGGAGACGGCCCAAAACACCAGAAGUCGCUGGACAGCAGCUCUGAGCAGGAAGAAGACACCGCAGUGGAGAGUUCUGGAGAUGCGGAGGAGGAAGAUGAGGUAGCUGUGUGUCAGAAGACCAGUAGAAGCUCAUCCCGCAAGAGCAGGAUUACCAGUGAGGAGGAGGAGGACACUAAACGUAGGAGCACCCGAGGCAAACCCCCCGUAAGCUCCGAUGAUGAGGACAGUUCUCAGAGAUGGCCACAUCAAAAUGGGAGGGAAGAAGCACAGCCGAAGGACUCUAGAAAGAGUAAAGUGUCGUCAACUAAGAUCCAAGGUCAACAAAAGUCUGCCUCAGCUAACAAAGCGGAUGCUGGAGAUCCCAAGGUGCUGAGCAGUACCAUAAAGAGCUCACGCAAGAAAAGAGGGAAGCAAAAUGAAGAAAGUGAAGCAGAAAACAGCAUCUCCAGUGAUGACUUGGACACCAAAAGCAAGAGGCCCACGGGGAACAAGAGCAAAUCAAAACGUCCUCGGGUUGACACGUCUGCUUCAGACACUUCCGAGCAGGAGUUUCAACCCAAGAAGUCCAGGCGGAAACGCUCCACCGGCUCGUCGGAAGAAGAGUCGGAUCAUUCGGACAGCACGCCCAGCAGGCGGCUUAACCUCAGAAUGCUGCCCAAGAAGAAAUACAUCAGCGACAACUCUGCUUCAGAGGAAGACGCCGCUACCCGGAGCAAACUGAGAAAUGGGAACAAAGCGAUCUCAAGGGAGGACCGCUACAACAAGAGAGAGUCAAAGAGAAGCUCUCUGAACGAAUGCACCACGCAAACGUCUUCCAAGAGAAAACGAAUAUACACCUCAGGCUCUGAAGAUGAGGAGAGUGAGUCGGCAGCCAAGAACAACAAUAAAAAUGACAGGUCCAGCUCCUUCAAGCGGCCCAAACAGGACAAGGAAGAAGACACCUUUUCCCCGUCGCAUUCCAGUGAGGAGGAGGAAGAAGACGUGGGCUGCUCAAGGAGGGGGAAAAAAAAAAAGAAGAAGAAGAAGGAGGAGGAGGAGGAGGAGAGGUGGCCCAAACACAAAAGGCGCAAGGAAAGCUGCAGCAGUAAUCACAGUUCAGACUCUGAAAGCGAGCAGUCGUCCCCAGCCAGCGAAAACUCUUACGCCAGCUCAGGGUCCCACAGCAGUCCAAAGAGGAGGAGUCCCAGACGGGCCGGGAAUGACGAAAGGACUGCCGGUCGGCAGUUGAGGCAGCGCCGACUACGUGUUGCCUCAGAAGAAGAGCACAGCGACGAGCCGUGCAGAAGAACACCGCAAAAGGCCCGUGUCAACACCCGAAACCAAGGAAAGCGAACUGUCCUCUAUCACGACAGCGAGUGACGGCCCAAGAGGGACAACUGGAGACGGGAAAGACACUUGACCUUAUGGUAGCAGCACUGGUUUCCUCUAAACAAAAAAUGCUGUGAAUCUUGUUUCUUUCAGGGAUAUUUAUAUUUUCUAUGAAAAACACGUUUUGUAGAUGUGAUACAAAUUCAUGCAUUCAAACUGCUGGUCAUCACGUGGAUUCACAUCCACCCGCCGCCUGCCAACACUGCUUGUUGCCAGAUAUAUAUAUAUAUGUUUGUAUAUAUAUAUAUAUAUAUAUAUAUAUAUGUAUAUAUGUAUGUAUAUAUAUAUGUAUGUAUGUAUGUAUAUAUAUAUAUGUAUGUGUAUAUAUAUAUAUAUAUGUGUGUAUAUAUAUAUGUAUAUAUAUAUAUAUAUAUGUGUGUAUAUAUGUAUAUGUAUAUAUAUGUGUAUAUAUAUAUAUGUAUAUGUAUAUAUAUGUGUAUAUAUAUAUAUGUAUAUGUAUAAUUUUGUUUGUUUGUGUCCAGCAGAGUAACAUUGUGAGGAAUCUUGGGUGCUACCUAAUAAUAUACCUCUGUUAAAUCUAAGCAUAUUGCUGGCUUGCACUAAAACACACUGUAAGGAGGUAUUUCAUACACUAGUUUUGCAUUAGAAACUCAGGGGUCAACUAAGUUUACUGUCGUCUCAGCUGUGCAGUUAUUUGUUUUUGGAGCUAUGAAAAGGCCAAGCAGCAAGCCCAUGUUUUUGGAGCUGUGAAAUGGACAAGCAACAAUUCCAGGUGGGCAGAUGUCUAAGCACACGCAACCGAGACUAAACCCAAGCCACAUUCUCACUUAAGACUGCAGCACUCCUUUGUACACCCAUACAUACACUUAAUGCUUUGUAUUAUGAGUUGAUAUGAGCCAAAUGAAUGAAAUGAUCCCCUUUAUAUUGUUUUCUUCACUUUAGUGUUGUAUUCUAGUCAAUACUUUAGGUGUAUGUUGAUGAUGGAUGGCCAUCAGUCAGUAGCAACAUUUUUAUUUAAGGUCUGUUUGUUUUGGGUUUUUUUUUUUUUUUACUUUAAACUGCAUUGUCUUGCCAUGUGUCACAAAUUGGUACCUUUUGUUGCCGAGUACAAAUAACCAGAAGUACUUACCGCAAAAUAGUGUGAUUUCUCAUAUUGGGAAGACAUUUAAUUGUCCUGUGUUACUUUCAGUGUUAAAUUCUUUUUUCAGAGUUGACGUAAAUAUUUUGCCAGUCCCGCAGUAGUUUGGUUUAUGCCGGGUUUUCUAAAUGCAGUUGCUUUGACAUAUUUGCUCAAUGGGUUUCGUACUACAUCUUCAAUAAACAAGAUUUCAAUGAAAAAGCUAUAAUUCCGCAAUGUUGGCCUUGGAGUUCAAUGUUUUCUGCGAGUGGAACUGUGGUUGAUCAUGUGAACACUUAAUUUCAUGUGUGUGCGUUUGAAAGAAAAUGUUAAUCCACUCCGAUGGAAUGCAACUCAAAUAUUAAACUUGGGUAACUUACUGUUUUGAUGUUGCAUUUCAUGGCUACACUGCAGGUAGGUGAUGAUACAAUUGCCUUGCUGAUAAAUCUUAAAUCAGUGUUCAUUGUUUUAUCUAGAAUAUUCUCGUACGUGAUGUAUUUGUCACUGCGCAAUACGUACCCGGAACGCAAUCAGUCCCGCGCAUGGGCAAGGACUACGUCACUAGCUAAUUUUUACAACAGCGCUUCUGCGACGUCACGUGCUGUAGUUAUUUUUUUAUGAACAUAAAUGGUCAAUAUAUUUUGUAAGCAACUCU